AAACCACAAAACGUCAUCAAAUUGUGCACACAUAAACGUUACCCUACAGUACACUGAACAAAACACAACAGAUUAGCAGACGCUUUCAUACCAAAAUCAUUGCGAGAAAAACGUGAAGAUGGAAGAUGCUACCAGCAGUCCUGAUAAACCAGAUGAUGAUGUUGACUUGAGCUCCCCUGAUUCCUCCCCUACCAGGCUGCCGUUUGUCCCAUUCAAUCCUCCGUUCCGAGUCACCGUCCCAGAGGCAAUAAAAAAUGGGGAAGUGUUGCAGUUCACCAUCAAAGUUUAUAAGUGGGACGAGGACCAGGAAGUCAGUGAAGUGACCCGUGACUAUGGUGAUGUAGAGUGGCUACACCACAACAUCAUCACACAGAACAACAUAGAUGGAAUCAUUGUACCUCCGCUACCAAAUAGACCUGAGGUGGAUGCCAAAUCAGCAGAAUCAAAGUCUAAAAAACAGCUCGGUAGUGAUUCACGGAUAGUCAUACCUGAUGAGUUCUCAAGAGAUUGCAGACAAAUUGAGAAGUAUUUGCGGAUGCUGCUUGCUCAUGAAUCAUUUGGGAAGGACAAAAACUUGGAAACAUUUUUGUGUGAAAAAGAGGCUGCCAUAAAAGCACAAGUGAAACACGGCUUCUUCAGUAGAAUGUCAUCAGCAGUAGAAACAGCAAGGAAGGAACAUCAUCGGGACAUUGAUGAGUUUUUCAGCAAAAAGAGAGAGUGGUCCAUAAACUAUUCUAAAGCAAUAAAAGAUACAUGCUCGGACUUCAACAAAAUGGUUAAUGCUCAACACAGACUUGCAGGCAGCUACGCUUCAUUUUCCUUGGCCCUGCAGCAAGGAGGCGUGAAUAGGGACCUCACCACUGAGACCAUCAACAAAUACUUGACCAGAUUGUCAGAUGCCACAGACAACACAAAGCAUGGAUUGGAGGUGCUGUGCAAGAACGAUGAGCGCACCCUGGGCUUCCAGUUGGAUCUCUAUGUGAGAUACAUUGACUCAGUCAAGGAUAUGCUGUUCAGGAGGACCUGUCUCCUGGUGGAGUAUGAGGACGCCAACAGGGCACUGGAUAAGGCAAAGCCAGCCAAGCGCAAACAGGCUGAGGAGCAGAAGGAGUCUGCCGAGGCCAAGUAUGAGAUGUGUUGUGACAACGCAAGGAGAGAGGUGAGAUACUAUAGAAGUACGAGAUGUGUUGUGACAACGCAAGGAGAGAGUUCAAGACCUACUUGCAGACACGCAUGCUAGCGUAUCAGGAUGGGAUGGUAUCGUAUGUGGAGUCGCAGAUUAAAACAGCACGGGACACAUACACUCUUCUCGCCAAAACUAUGACACAACUCAAACAGGCAGAGGACUGACAUAGAAGCCAGUUUGGCAUGAUGCUCCACUACGCAAUACAUUGUACAUUUAAAUAUCCACAGACAGACCAUUCCAUUUGUGUAAAUUAAUGAUAUUGUUAUAUUUGUAAACUUGUUUUAUGUCAUUUUAAAUUCAAAGUGAUAAGGUAAUAUGCGGGUCUGGUAAUGGUCUUCCAAUUUGCAAUCACUUGCAGUUUUCCUCCAACUGAUCAGGUGAUUAGGUGUUAUAAGUUGUAAUCUUUAUUUAUAUCACAUUAUAUUACUUUGUUCCAAAUCAAAAUUAAAUUUUCUAAAGGACUUUACAAAAACAAUUUGUAUUACUUUAUUAAUUACUAGGUUAUUCUACAUGUAUUGCACCAUAUUAUAUCAAAAGCAAUAAAUAUGUGUAAGUUUGUUUUCUGAAAUAAGCCUUGUUGUGACGACAGCUUUCUUAUAAUAUGCCAAAAUAUUGACUAUACACUAAAAGCAAAAUUAUGUUUUUACAAUUAUGUGUCUUUAAUGGUAUACAAACUGUUAUAAAAAUAGUGAUUAUUUUUAUUUAUGUACAAUUAUAUGGAAAAUUGAUUGGAAUAUAAUUAUCAGAUAAAAUAUAGUUAUGUAUGUAGCCAUUACAAUUCUGUUUUAAGUCAAUAAUUUUCUAGUAAACUAUGAGACAGCAAUUGCACCAGUAUUACCUGUAUGUACUAACAACUAUAAUGUACAAAAGCUGUCAUUAUGCUGAUAGAAAUAGUUCAUUUUGCAGACAUGUGGGUAUGAAUUGUGCAAUACAGUGAAGCUAUACUUGUUUGCUCCUCAUUCAAACAGGUCACUUGUUAGAGAAAGUUUUCAUAUUUGUCAGAGGAAAUUUUUAUAGAUUACCUUUUCUACACAAAAAAGUAAAACGCACAUCGAAGUACUUGGCUAAAGAACUUUUAAUAUUUACUUAUAUUUUUUUAAGCUUUUUAACUUGAAUUGGGCAUUACAAAAACUUGUGCAAUAUUUACGUAGUAAAUUAAAAUUAUGAUACUAGUACUGUUUAGGUUAGGUUAGAACUUUUUUUAAUGAUAUUCUUAUUAUAUUAUAAUUGUUACUGAUGUCUUAUUUUAUACUGUUGAUUUAUGAAAUAAAUUGUUUAGUUGUUAUAGAGAAAGUAAAAUAAAAACGGAAACAUA